CUAGGGAAGGACACAGUGGACAAAGGAGUGGUGCCCACAUCACACAGCUCUGGAAGCAUCCCUGAAGUAAGGGACAAAAGACAAAGGGGGCCGGAGCCCGAGACCCCACCCCGGGGGCGGAGCCCUGCCAGUGACACGUCGGACAGCGGCGGCCUCGGCUGAGGCUCCCGCGCCCAGCGCCGGGACCCGCGCGGUACCGAGCGGCGGCUGGAGGGCGAUCGGAACGAGGCGCAGGAGAUUCGGCUCGGGCCGCGGGCUCUGCUCGGCGGGGAGGGAGGGGGCCCGCCCGCUUGGCUCGGGCCCUCCGGAUCCGCCCCCUCCCCGGUCCCGCCCCCUCGAAGCCUCCUCUUGCUGCUCUGGGGCUGCUCCAGGGCCGGGGGCCCGCGGUCCGGGCGCCAUGCGGGCAUCGCUGCUGUUGUCGGUGCUGCGGCCCGCAGGGCCCGUGGCCGUGGGCAUCUCCCUGGGCUUCACUCUGAGCCUGCUCAGCGUCACCUGGGUGGAGGAGCCUUGUGGCCCAGGGCCGCCCCAACCCGGAGAUUCUGAGCUGCCGCCGCGCGGCAACACCAACGCGGCGCGCCGGCCCAACUCGGUGCAGCCCGGAGCGGAGCGCGAGAGGCCCGGGGCCGGUGCAGGCGCCGGGGAGAACUGGGAGCCGCGUGUCUUGCCCUACCACCCCGCACAGCCUGGCCAGGCCGCCAAAAAGGCCGUCAGGACCCGCUACAUCAGCACAGAGCUGGGCAUCAGGCAGAGGCUGCUCGUGGCGGUGCUGACCUCACAGGCCACGUUGCCCACACUGGGCGUGGCUGUGAACCGCACGCUGGGGCACCGGCUAGAGCGUGUGGUGUUCCUGACAGGCUCGCGGGGCCGCCGGGCACCAUCGGGGAUGGCCGUGGUGACGCUAGGCGAGGAGCGGCCCAUCGGGCACCUGCACCUGGCACUGCGCCACCUGCUGGAGCAGCACGGCAACGACUUUGACUGGUUCUUCCUAGUGCCCGAUGCCACCUACACGGAGGCGCACGGACUGGCUCGCCUAGCUGGCCACCUCAGCCUGGCAGCCGCUGCCCACCUCUAUCUGGGCCGGCCCCAGGACUUCAUCAGUGGAGAGCCCGCCCCAGGCCGCUACUGCCACGGUGGCUUUGGGGUGUUGCUGUCACGCACGCUGCUGCAGCAGCUGCGCCCCCACCUGGAAGCCUGCCGCAACGACAUCGUCAGUGCGCACCCGGAUGAGUGGCUGGGCCGCUGCAUCCUCGAUGCCACCGGGGUGGGCUGCACUGGCGGCCACGAGGGAGUCCACUAUAGCUACCUGGAGCUGAGCCCUGGGGAGCCCGUGCAGGAGGGGGACCCUCGUUUCCGCAGUGCCCUGACAGCUCACCCUGUCCGUGACCCUGUACACAUGUACCAGCUGCACAAGGCUUUUGCCCGAGCUGAACUGGAACGCACAUACCAGGAGAUCCAGGAGUUACAGUGGGAGAUCCAGAACACCAGCCGCCUGGCAGCGGACGGGGAGUGGGCAGCCACCUGGCCCGUGGGCAUUCCAGCACCGUCCCGCCCAGCCUCCCGCUUUGAGGUGCUGCGCUGGGACUAUUUCACAGAACAGCAUGCUUUCUCCUGCGCUGAUGGCUCGCCCCGCUGCGCACUGCGUGGGGCUGACCAGGCUGAUGUGGCCGACGUUCUGGGGGCAGCCCUGGAGGAGCUCAACCGCCGGUACCACCCGGCCCUGCGGCUCCAGAAGCAGCAGCUGGUUAAUGGCUACCGACGCUUCGAUCCUGCCCGGGGUAUGGAGUACACGCUGGACUUGCAGCUGGAGGCAUUGACCCCACAGGGUGGCCGCCGGCCCCUCACCCGCCGAGUGCAGCUGCUACGGCCACUGAGUCGCGUGGAGAUCUUGCCCGUGCCCUAUGUCACCGAGGCCUCGCGUCUCACCGUGUUACUGCCACUGGCUGCAGCCGAGUGUGACCUGGCCCCUGGCUUCCUGGAGGCCUUCGCCGUGGCCGCACUGGAGCCUGGCGAUUCUGCAGCAACCCUGACCCUGCUGCUACUGUAUGAGCCACGACAGGCCCAGCGGGCGGCCCACGCCGAUGUCUUUGCACCUGUCAAGGCCCGUGUGGCAGAGCUGGAGCGGCGUUUCCCCGGUGCCCGGGUGCCCUGGCUCAGCGUGCAGACAGCCACACCCUCACCGCUGCGCCUCAUGGAUCUGCUCUCCAAGAAGCACCCACUGGACACGCUGUUCCUGCUGGCCGGGCCAGACACGGUGCUCACCCCGGACUUCCUGAACCGCUGCCGCAUGCAUGCCAUCUCUGGCUGGCAAGCCUUCUUUCCCAUGCACUUCCAGGCCUUCCACCCGGCCGUGGCCCCACCCCAGGGCCCGGGACCCCCUGAAUUAGGCCGAGACACAGGCCGCUUUGAUCGCCAGGCGGCCAAUGAGGCCUGCUUCUACAACUCCGACUACGUGGCGGCCCGAGCGCGGCUGGCGGCAGCCUCGGAGCAGGAAGAGGAGCUCCUGGAGAGCCUGGAUGUGUAUGAGCUGUUCCUGCGCUUCUCCAGCCUGCACGUGCUGCGGGCGGUGGAGCCCGCGCUGCUGCAGCGCUAUCGGGCCCAGACGUGCAGCGUGCGGCUUAGCGAGGACCUGUACCACCGCUGCCGCCAGAGUGCGCUCGAGGGCCUCGGCUCCCGCACCCAGCUGGCCAUGCUGCUGUUCGAGCAGGAGCAGGGCAACAGCACCUGACCCCGCCCUGCGCCCCUGAACCCUGGCAAGGCGGUGCCCCGCCUCGCUCUUCCCCAGCCACCCGGAGCCACCUGCCAGCCUCGCAGGACAGGGCUGGCCGCAGCCUCAGACCCCAGGGCAGCCCGCUGGCCCCCUCUCUCUGGCUUGGGGGACCCUUGGGCUUAGAGCAAGCCCUGGAAGAGGUACCCUUGGAGCCACCCCUUUCUGCCCCAAACCCGGUCUCCCUGCCCUCUUGACGCUGCUGAUUCAGGCUGUGGCCUCCGAGUAUUUAUGCAGUGCAAUCUGCCUGACGCCAGCCCCACCUCCUAGGGUCCCCUGGGGGGCUGGGCUGUAGAUGAGUUGUUGGAGAAGCGGGGGAGCUGAGAGAGAAGGGGCGGUGUCUCCCAACUUCUCUCCUCUGCAGUCCUGAUGAAGCUCCCUGCCUUUAAUAAACUGGCUGAGUGUGGACUAGUG